AUGACACCUGCUGUUAACAUCACUAAACUCCAUCCCAAGGGUGUUGAGCCAAAUCCAGAUCACACUGAAUUUGAAGAGGAGAUCUACGAAACUGCCAAUAUCGACUAUACUCGAGUCCAUAUUCAACACAAUCCUUCAGUUGCUUCUCUUUAUGAAGAUGCUCUUGUUUAUGAAUCUGGUUCUGCCAUCAACUCGACUGGUGCUCUUGUCGCUUCUUCUGGUAAGAAGACUGGUCGUUCUCCUAAGGACAAACGUAUUGUCGACGAACCUUCAUCUGUCGACAAGAUCUGGUGGGGUCCUGUUAACAAGAAGUUGAGCGAGAACUCUUGGUUGAUUAACCGUGAGCGUGCUAUUGACUAUUUGAACACCCGUUCUAGAAUCUAUGUUGUUGAUGCUUAUGCUGGUUGGGAUCCUAAGUACCGUAUCAAGGUCCGUGUUGUCUGUGCUCGUGCUUACCACGCUUUGUUCAUGAGAAACAUGCUGAUUCGUCCUACUGAAAAGGAGCUUGCCAACUUUGGAAAGCCCGAUUUCACUAUCUACAAUGCUGGUGCCUUCCCUGCUAACCGUUAUACUUCUGGUAUGACCAGUAAUACGUCUGUUGACAUCAACUUCAAGGAGAUGGAGAUGCUUAUUCUCGGUACCGAGUAUGCUGGUGAGAUGAAAAAGGGUAUUUUCACCGUCAUGUUCUACCUCAUGCCUGUUAUGCAUAACGUUCUCACGUUACAUUCGUCUGCUAACGAGGGUCCUGAAAAGGGUGAUGUCACUGUUUUCUUCGGUCUUUCUGGUACUGGUAAGACUACUUUGUCGGCUGAUCCUCACCGUUUGUUGAUUGGUGAUGACGAACACUGUUGGUCAGAUGAUGGUGUGUUCAACAUCGAGGGUGGUUGUUAUGCCAAGUGUGUUGGUUUGUCGGCCGAGAAGGAGCCUGAUAUUUUCAACUCUAUCAAGUUCGGUUCGGUUUUGGAGAACGUUGUUUUCAACCCCGAUACUCGUGUUGUUGAUUAUAACGACACUACCUUGACAGAGAACACCAGAUGUUCAUACCCCAUUGAGUACAUUCCCAAUGCCAAGAUUCCUUGUUUGACCAAUAACCACCCAACCAACAUCAUUCUGUUGACCUGUGAUGCCCGUGGUGUGAUUCCUCCUAUUUCCAAGCUCACUAACGAGCAAGUCAUGUACCACUUCAUCUCUGGUUACACUUCGAAGAUGGCCGGUACUGAAGAGGGUGUCACUGAGCCCGAAGCCACCUUCUCUGCUUGUUUCGGUCAACCUUUCUUGGUGUUACACCCCAUGCAAUACGCUCAAAUGCUUUCUGACAAGAUCACCAAGCACAAGGCUAAUGCCUGGUUGCUCAAUACUGGAUGGAUUGGUGCUUCUGUCACUUCUGGCGGUAAGAGAUGUCCUCUUAAGUACACUCGUGCUAUUCUUGAUGCCAUUCACUCUGGCGAGCUUGCCAAGGCCAACUACGAGACUUUUGAUGUGUUCGGAUUCCAAAUCCCCACCUCUGUUCCCAAUGUCCCUGCCAACAUCCUCAACCCCGCCAGAUCGUGGACUCUUGGUGCCGACGACUUCAAGGUCGAGGUCAACAAACUCGGUUCGCUCUUCCAAAACAACUUCGAGACCUACAAGUCCAGAGCUACUCCCGAAGUCAUUGCCGCCGGUCCUAGACUCUAA